AGAAAGGCAUAGGCUGAUGUUCCUUCUGUGAUUUAAAAUAGAUGAUAUCAUCAAUUUUUAUGUUCUGAUAUCCCCUUCAGGAGAUUGCCACUCGUUCGUCAGCCCUUUAUGAGGAUGAAGCCGCAACCUUAGACUGCCAUCUGGAAGUUGAAGACUCUUCUCAGCAAUCAGUAACCAUGCUGGGGGCACGCCUGAAUUUGGCCGUCCUUGCUCUGUGCGGGAUCUUUAGCCAAGGUAUUGCAGUGAACCGUUUCGGAGGCAAUGUUGCGACACCUAAUAAUAUUGCGGCCGAUGUCAAGUCUGUCCUGGGCCCAAAGCUCUCCCAAAAUGCUACGAUAGCAUUGCCCGGUGAGCCGCUCUUCGACGAGCUUAUUACCCGUUACAGUGACUAUGACCGGCCGACCUUUAGUGUAUCGAUUGCAGUCGCUACAAAGGAAGAUGUUCAAGCAGCUGUUGCAUACGCCCGCUCGAAGGACAUGCCAUUUCUUGUCCAGUCAGGUGGGCAUGGAUUGACUACUUCGACCCAGACCGUCCAAAAUGGGAUGCAAAUUAGUAUGAGGAGAUUAAACUACACCAUUUUUGAUCCGGAAACCGAGAUCAUGAGAGUUGGAGGCGGCGCCGUCACAGGGGAACUCGCAAACGCAUCCUAUGCUUUGGGAUAUGAAGUUACUGUCGGCUCCUGCCCUUGCACCGGGGUCAUGGGCGUGGGUUUGGGAGCAGGCAUUGGACGUCUUCAAGGCAUGUAUGGCCUUCUGAUGGAUAACAUUGUGGCUAUAACAAUGAUGUUGCCUGACGGUACCAUUGAGAGAGUGACCGCCGAAAGCAAUCCGGACCUCUGGUGGGCAGUCCGCGGUGCCGGGCAUAAUUUCGGAAUCGCUCUUGAAGCCGAAGUUCAGCUUCAUCCCCAGGUGAACGACGGCAUGCAUUAUGUUGCUGAUAUGGAGUUUCCUAUCAGCAAGACUGUGGAAGUCUUCAAGCUAUUGAAUCUUAUAUCAGCCAACGAGAUUCCUAAACAAUUAGCUUUCUUUAUUACCGGGCAUGCCCCGGGGCCUGGAUCCGGUGUGCCUGUCAUCAAUAUCGAUUUUGUGUGGCACGGUACGAAAGAGUCCGCUCGAGAGCAUCUGCAGCCAUGGCUUGACCUUAAGCCUCUGUAUAAAAAGGAAGAAUAUGUGAACUGGGCGUCCCUCCCCUGGGUCACCUAUGGAGGUCUCAACAAUAUCCUCUGCAGUCAGCCUGGUGGACAGCGAAACUUCUACGCAGCAAACGCCGCAACGUACGAUAUCUCCGCCAUGGCAAGCCUCUGGAAUGACUGGGAAAAAAUGAGCAUCAAGUACAAUGGAACGGCCAAGUUCCUGCUCAUGUUCCAGACCUUCGCUCAACAAGCAGUCAAAUCUGUCGACCCCGACUCUUCUGCCUUCCCAUGGCGCAAGGGCUCUGAACAUUUCUUGCUCAUUCAAGCCAGCUAUACGGACCUUUCUUUACGUGCUGAGCUGGAUAUCUGGCUGCGUCAAUGGCAAACACUCUUUGUUGAGACUAGUGGCUAUGGUCGGCUUCAGCAAUACGUGAACUAUGGACACGGCUACCGUGAUCCCAUGGAGGCCUUGUACGGGUACGACAGGUGGCGAAUUGAAAAGCUAUAUGGUCUGAAGGAGAAGUACGAUCCUGAUGGACUUUUCGAUUCGUACCAACCCAUCCGCACAGACAAAGCAUCUCUCCUUGCUGCGGCUCGUCCGCAACUCCACACAUAUAAGCCGUUUGGCCAAGGUGUCGUUGACCAGGAAGUUUUGCACACCGAGUUGUGAACACAGCAAUGUGAGAGUGGAUUCCGACGCACUUCUGAUACCGCCAACUUGCAAGCUGCUACCAUACCAUUUUUUCGCCUGGCGAAGGCAAAGAGUAAAUAUGCAUCGAAUGGAUUCUGAAAUAUCAUGCUCAGGAAAGGAAACGGAUGCUAAACGAAUAAAUGCAAAUAUAGACUUGGCCGUGUCUUAUAUUUUUCUUGGUUUCAUGGAGCAAAACAGGGCGUUGAAUGGGUUUCUUUCUGGAUACUUUAGCGCUCCUUACUAUGAUUUCUCUAUUGGUCAGCCACACUCCAGAAAAUAUAAAUAUAAGUAUGGUUAGAUGUGUUGCAAGAAAUGUCACUCUCUCUUUACCCUUGAAGCCGAUUAACUGCCGCUUCCCAUUUUUCUUUAGCCGGAUUGACCGUGAGAAAGUUC